UACACGACUGGUGGUUACACUAUGUCGUGAUGUUAUAAUUAUAUGUAUUUUUGUUCCAAAUUCCACGAUCAUGGAUGAUGAAAUCGAAGAUAUCGUUGGCGAAGUAAAUUACACAGACUCACAAAAAAGUGUAACCACAUCAAACGUGUACUCUUUCGACUUCACUGACAGCAGUUCAGACAGAAACAACUCUUCAAGCAAAGAAACAUACGUUAUAGAAUGCGAUAGUGACGACAGCGAUAAAACAUUCCAAAUUGAUCAAAUGGAAGGCACAAUUGACCUUAGAGAUAAAGCAGCAACUCGUGUAAAAGUAAAACAAGACAAAAUCAUCCACAAACAUGAACCAAACAUAAUCGACAGGUCAGUUGGAUCAAGCUCGCACCAGUGCUCUAUAGUAGCUCAGGAAAUUUUCACACAAACCAGCAAAACCAUAUUUGAACUAGCCCAAAAUGAAAAGAGGACAAGUCCUGUAAAAUUUGGCGAACAGAAUACAUUGGAGACGCAAACUUCAAUUUUAUCCUUUACAGAAAACAGAACUGUGGAGUACCGUAUACGUGUGAUGGGAGAUAAUUCCAUUUUCCCUACAAAUAAUGCUUUAGUGUAUAAUUCUAUAAUCCCCACACAAAUUAUAACAACAACAUUAGAAGAUAAAUCUUCCAUUAUGCUCAAUUCUGAGAACGAGGCAGACAUGUCGAAAGAUUACCUUACAGAUGAGACUUCUAAAGACAAAAUGAUCAAAUUUAUCGAUGACAUAUCACAGGAAAGUUCGAGCGAGGAAGUUAACAUAACGCAAUAUGAAAAUUCUAGUGAAUUUGAGACUUCCAAGUAUUCUGAUAUGGAAGAGGAUUCGUUGAUAGAAAACAAUUACCGAGCAGAAACUGAGCGUAGUCAAGAUAAAUUGAGCGUCAAUAGUGAUAUCCCUAAAUCUAUUGAUAAUGAUAUUGAAGAGCUUUAUAAUAAAUUAUCCCAUAGCCUAAAUUCAACUCCUCAACCAGAAAGUGAUAUGCAGUCAGUUAUACCAAACGUUGGUUUAUUAACCCCAGUGACAGAAGAAACUAAUUUAAAAGUUGAUGGCAUGACGGAAAUGACCUCAAGUUUGCACAAUCUUAAUAGACCUCAGGAAGAAAACGAUCAAUUUAAAAUUAGAAAUACCCUUGAUGAUGCACAAGAAAAAGAUAAAUUUAGACUACCAUCAAUCCCAAAUAAUUUCUCAUGUCCAAACAGCCCUCUAAACUUUUUAUUCGCUGAAGAUCAUAGAGAAAAAUCGUUAAAUAGAUGGGAAAUAGAUACCAAGGGCUUAGCGUCUGGCGAGAGUCAUUUUAUCAAUAUCAGAAACGACGUAACGCUGCACAAUGAAUCAAUUCAGUUACCACCAAUACACAUAGAAGGUCCAUUAAAAAAAGCUACUAUGGUCGGAAAACAAGUGAAGCGUAUCAACGAAAUACAAUUUGAAAAUCCUAGUGAUACAAUUAGUAUUAAAGAAAGAAUCAGAGAGCUCAAGAUUAACCCAAGACGACAGAGGUUAGAAAAUAGUAGAAGUGCAUCUCCUAGAAGUACCUGUUCACCGGACGAUUCAAAAUUGAGUGACACAGCGGAGAGAGGUUGCGAUGCGCUCUGUUCUGAGCUGAAGAGACGGCUUCAGAUUAAUUCAUGGUGCCAAGCUUUAGAAACAUUAGAAGAAUUACCAAAAGUGUUGGAUAAAUUUUGGUCUGUUAUCACAGAAACACGUAUUGCUGAUCUGAUUCGACAGGUAACUGUGCAUGUAGAGUCACCUCGUACGCAAGUGGCGCGGGCGGCCUGUCAGACCCUCGCAGAAAUCUUGAAGAAUACGAACUAUACGAAGAAGCCGGAUUUCUACGAAGCGAUGGCCAUACUUUUGGUGAAGACUGGGAGUUACUGCCGGCCAGUGAGAAGGGCAGCGAACGUCGCACUCGAUGACAUUGUUUGCAGCGUUGAUAUAACGCACUCUGUGACCGCUAUAUGCGUGUAUGGAACGGGCCACAAGAGCGCGCUAGUCCGCACGGCGUCAUCCCGGCUGCUGGUGGUGUGCGCGGCGCUGGCGGAGGGCGGGCGGCAGCUGCUGCGUGCGCGACCACCUACCGCAGCAGCAGCUCGCCGGCACGUGCUGCGCGCUAUGGCGGACAUGCUGCACGACAAGAGCGCGGACACACGAAAAUACGCAGAACGUCUCUACGCCAUGCUCCGCCCGCUAACUAACUUCGAAGCUUAUUUUCUCACUGACGUCGAUGUAGAAAUGGCGUCGAAACAAAUGAAGAAGUACGAUCAAUUGAUUAGUUCGAAGCAGAGUUGAUUGUAUAACCCAAUUCAUUGAAUAAUACAAUCAAAAAUGUCGUUACUCUUAUAAGUGUAAGCGAGAGGUCAUGCCUAUGUGUGAGUGGGUUAAUGCACUCUGGCUUAAAUUUUGAUUCUAUUAUUUAAUGACACAGCUAUUACAUAAUUUAUAUCUGUGUUGUGUAUGUCUAUAGUACCGUGUUGUUUUUCGUCCUACUAUAAAAAGAAAACAUGUUGAAUC